AUGAAUUCUAAUGUUUUACAAGAAGAAACUGCAAAAUUGAUACAAGUUUAAGACGUAGAAGGCAUACCUGAAGUAAUAGAUUAUGGUAUUCUUGUUUUUAAGCAUAGAUAUUUUUUGGCGACUUAAACUUUAGGUCCUUCUUUUAGUUAGAUUAUGAAAAUAAAUGGAUAAUUAUCAUUAAAAAAUGUGCUUUUGAUUGGCAUUUAACUAAUAAAACUUUUAUAAAAAUUGCAUGAUAAGAAAUUUAUUUUGAGCAAUAUAAUACCUUGCAAUUUUUGUUUUGGAGCUGAGCUGGAAGAUAAAUUAAUUUAUUUAAAGGACUUAACAUUUUUAUAAAGCAAAGAGUGCAAUAUUAAACUUUUAUAGUUUCCAUUCAAAGAGUGUAAUUUUAUAAGUCCAGUACUUAAUAUUCAUAAAGGGCCGAGUUAGAUUGAUGAUCUUUAUAGUUUGGCAUACUUAUUAAUAUACCUAAUUAAUGGAACCUUACCUUGGUAAUAAAUUGAUCAAUUGAUCAGCGAAAAAUAAUUUUAAGAAUUAUAAAAGUAUAAAUUAAAAGUUACUUUUGAUUAAUAAUUUUUGGAUUAACAAUCAUCUGUUUUUGGAGAAUGGUUUAAGUAUAUAAGUACGUUAAAAUAAAGCUAACAUCCAAAUUAUAAUUAUUUAAAAAAUAUUCUAAUUUCUAAAAUUUAUGAAAAUGGAUGGAAACUUAAUGAUUAAAUUGAAUAUAAAAAUGAAUAAGCGAUUCAUAGUUCUAAAUCAAUUGUAUCUAUAAAAAGCAGAAGCAGAGGAACUUCUAUAACUAAGACUCCCAAUUAAAGAAUGAUCGAAACAUUGAGCCCGAUAUUGGAAGUUGAUAAAGAAUUCGAGUUAGCUCAGUCAGCUUAAAAGCAAAAUGAAGAAUUAUUUAUUUUUUAAAAGUUUUAGAACGUAAGAAAAUUAAUAGAAGAUUAAUAACAGACUGAAAAUAACUUAAGUUUUACUUCAAUUGGAUAGAAUGAAUGUGAGAUGUGGAAGAAACUGGAGAAACUAGAAAACUUAUCAAGGCCAAUUUAUUUGAUGAAUAAAUUUGAGAAAAUAUGA